AUGAAGACAAGGUUCCAAGGAGAUGAGAAGGUGCACAAUGCACAGCUGCAGACACUUCGAAGAGAUUUGGAGGAACUUGAGAUGAAAAUUAGUGAGUCAAUUACAGAUUAUUUUUCAAGAGUAGCGUUAGUCUGCAAUAAUAUGAGCAAUCUAGGAGAAGGCUUGGAGGAUGCUAAGAUUGUAAAGAAGACUCUGCGUACACUUCCUGAGAGCUGGAAUUUUGUUUGUCCAGGAAUAGAGAAAGAAGCAAACUAUGCCAACAUAGAUGGAGGUGAGACUUUGCUGCUUAUGUCUCAUGUUGAAGUCACCGAAAACUUUGCACGAGGCUCAGCGGGGGAACUCAGUUAUGAAGAAGAGUUGGCAUUGAUGGCACAAGCAGAGACAAAUGGAGUAAGGUCACUUGAGCUACAAGGGUCUGAAGACCUUACAGAGUAA